GCAUGUUUCUCCAAGAGGUGGGAUUAAUGUGAGCACAGAAACGCAUGCGCAUUUCCUUAAACAUGUCUGCGCCCAUACACGCACGGGGGUGAGCAAGUUCGGUGGCGAUUCGUGGCAUCUUUAAACUGACCGUACAGGAUGUCUGAUAUAGAGACGGUGAGCUGCAAUGAGUUCGAAAAGUCUGAAAGUGAAGUCCAGGAUGGGGGCUUAUUGCCAGAGAAAGAAGAGGAGAAUUUGACAAAGAAAAAGAUUGUACCAGGAAUCAUUUAUCUCGGCCACAUCCCACCAAGACUGAGACCUAAACAUGUACGAAAUAUGCUGGGGGUUUAUGGAGAAAUAGGGAGAAUAUUUUUACAACCUGAAGAUUAUGCAAUUAGGAAAAAGAAGACGAGUGCAGGCUCCAGGGGGAAGACAUUCACCGAGGGAUGGGUAGAAUUUAAGGACAAGAGGGUGGCCAAGCUUGUGGCUGCCACUCUCAACAGGACACCCAUGGGGGCACGCAAGAGGAGCCGUUUUCAUGAUGACCUUUGGUGUAUUAAGUAUCUGCACAGGUUCAAAUGGUUUCACCUAAGUGAGCGCUUAGCUUAUGAGAAGGCUGUACGUCAGCAGCGUAUGAGAGCAGAAAUUGCACAGGCCAAGCGAGAAACCAAUUUUUACUUGCAAAAUGUCGAGAAAAGCAAGAACAUUGAAAAGCUUAGAGAAAAGAGGAAAAAGACUGGCCAGGAGUUUGAAGAGAAGAGCUGGAACUUCACACAGAGACAAACAGAGGAGGAGAUCCAGAAGGCUAAACAGACAGCCAAGCUGGGCAAGAGUCAGAAGCAGCAGAUGAAGAAGGCCAUGGCCAAGGUCCAGGAGUUUGAGAAGAAGUCACAUUCAAAUGUGUCCUUGCUUGCCAAGAUCUUCAAUCCAAGUGGCAGUAAGCAGGAUUAGAAGGGUGCAAUUUAUUCAUAUGCAGAGACUGUUAGAAAAUAAAUCAAAUGUAUGUAUGCAUCUGCACAGAGAAGGUGGUGAACAUACCAGUAAAUUAUAUUAACAAGAAGGUUUUCUGUAAUGUGCAACAUUAAGAAUCGGGAAUGCCUA